AACGAUCUAGUCUCGGUAAUGGAGACGUUACAGAGUGGACCGACGCCCCAGUGUCCGCUUAUAAACACUGCACGUCUGAAGCCCUUCAGACAACGGGUCAAUAGGCUCAUUAUGACGAUAACAGAGAGUGGUCAUGUCUCGUUGGAAGUAAUGAGUCAACAGACGACACCGCAAGACGGCGCUGUGAUAGAAAUAGCCAAAGAAUUAUUUCACGUCUCUCCUGAUGGAAUAAACAUUGAAGUGUACCAAAGUUCUGAAGGUGUUGCUGCUAUUGAUGGUUGCCCGGUACAAAGCCAACCCGCCAAGGUCUACACGUAUCCAUACAUGCCUGAGAAACAGUGGAGAAAGUAUCAGCAUGCAUACAGAUUUGUUGAAGCAAUCAAGUCAAGGACACCAAAAGUUAUUCUUGUAACAGAGAGAGCCAAAUGUAAACUAAUGGAAAACUUACCCUGUGCAGACUUUCAGGCUGUGUUUAAUGAUGGUGUCAGAGUAACCUUGACAGAGUCGAAGAUUUCAAUAGUGGACAAGGAUGGAAGUAGUUUGUCUUUUGAUGCAGCACUGGUCAACAACCAUGUGAGUUCACAAACAAUCGAUAUUGUGGAGUUCGCUCGAAAGUGCCAUGCUCAGUGCCUUGAGAUCCAGAAGUCGGUGGUGCUGCUUCAAGCUAGGGAUCCGAGUCGGCACCUUUUCCCCAUCACAGUGGGAAGCACCAGUGCACCUUUCCAGUGGUCUCCUUCACCAAGAGAGGAUCACACUUCAGUGACGUCCCCACUUGAAAGACGUGAGUCGGAAUAUCACAGGACGUUGCCAGAUGGUCAUCAGCUGACCAGGUCUACCUCCAGCAGUCAGCUAAAUGAAUAUAAGAAACCACUGACAAACAGUGGCUAUGAUUAUAACAAUGUGUCAGCUAGUGAAAGCUGUUUGCUGAAAUCUGCAAGUGAUUGGCACCUUGAACAAAGAAAUAACUCAAAACUUUUCUGGCAAGAAAGUUCUGUCAGAAAUCUUUCAACAAAUGAUGGUUUGUGUAUAAACUCUUCCACCCAGUGCCAAAAUACAAGUGCCCAAUGUGAAGGUCACACACAAGCCAAAGAUGGACAAAUCUGCUACAGCAGUGGGGACAGUAGUUGUAGUUUCAGUUGGUCAUCAGAUGCUGAAAUACUUAACAAAUCUGUGCCAGGUAAUUGUUGUGAAUACGUGCCAAAUUCUACUCAAGUGCCAAAUUUCAGAAGACAUAGUGAUCAAAUACUGUUUGUGAAUGAACAGUCCCACAAUUAUCAGUACACCCCAGAACAUGAUCCAUCUAUGAUUUCUGAGGAAAACAUUCAAGCAAAGUGCAACACCUUUGAACCAGUGCAGCAUAACAAUGCUUUAUCUAGUAGCUGCUCCACUCCUCAGGUCAGCACACCUGGCAAAUCUUAUUCCACUGCCUGCCAAAAUUGUGGCAAUGACUCUUACUGUGGAGAAACACAAAGGAGCCUUGAUAAUACACCCAAUCUCCCAUACCUAAAUCAAAUGCAAGCUAACUUUCAAACACCAAAGAAACCCACCAACUUUCCUCACCCAAUGCCGCAAUGUUACAGUGUGGAUUCUUUAAGACAUCGAAAGUUUCGAGAAAGUGAGGAUAAGUACAGUCUCACCUUAGGAGCUCUUGUUGAUGAAAGGGAGCUAAAACAUGUGCGAAAGAAUUUAUUUUUUGAACCAACAUUAGAGGAGCCAACAGCCAAAAUUUUACCAAUAUCCCAGCUUCAGUCUUUCAGACAAGACGCCAUGGUCGUCAAACCAACACCAUCGUUAGAAUUAUCUUGUUGUAUUGCCGCAAACAAUGAAGCUUUUACGCUACAAGAAAACCAACCUGGGACUUCUAAACCAGUUGAUGAUUCCAACUUAGAUAAAAAUGGUGCAUCUUCUAUCUCAGGAAAUCAAACUAAUUUGAAUAAUUGGGUAGAUGGGAUGAUUUUUCCAAAAUUUUCUUCUUCUCCAGUCAAAAGAGCACCAGUUCGAAAGGUUGCCGGUUUGUCGCCUUAUAAACAAUCACCCAUUACAGUGGAAACAUUAAAAGCCUUAUCAGACUGUAAUGGAAAAAUGUUCUUGUAUGGAAGUCAAGUAAACAAAGAAUCUAGUGGGCAAAAUGUUGUGUCAUCAAAUAAUACAAGCUGGCAAAGCUGUCCUGAGCCUGUUUGUGGGAAAUCCCCACAAAAAGUUUUCUUGAGGCCAUCUUUCAGUCAUGACCAGGGUGCUUUGGAUCAUCAACACCCAAUUCGGAACUCCCUGGAUAUGUCAGUUUCCAGCUAUUACAGUGACAGUCCAAGCAGUUCCCCAUCCUCUGGCAGUGACCCGAUUCGCCAGGUUUUUGUACCAUAUACUGGUUGGGCAUCUUUCUAUGCCACUGGAGCUGUGUGGAUUCUGUACAAUGAUGGAACUCAACUAGGCAUCAAGUCUGCUGAAUCUGUUUUAAUCUAUGUUGACCAAGAUGGCAGCCAAAAAAAAUAUAAAAAUACAGAUGUGGUUCCAGAGAUUGUUCGGAUCAAACUAGAAAAGCUUCCGAUGAUAAUUGAUAUGCUCAUGAAAAGUCCACCAAUAACAGCUACAAGCGGGACACAGAUCUUUUAGAAGUACAAAAGUUUGCACAAAACAUUUUACACUCUCAGAUUUGGGCUAUUUUUUACAAUUUAAAUUAUUGGUUGGUUUGAAACUUGUUUUUUGCUUCAAGUAAUGAAGUAAAUUUCAUAUGUGAUAACAAACACUUCAAUUUUUUUGGAGUGAAAUUAACUUUUGACAAUUUAUAGUCAUAUUUCCAAUGAACUGGUGAUUUUAAAGAAAUUGUCAAUUUUUAAAUUAAAGCAAUUUAUGUGUUACCUGCAGUUUUACUAAGCUUGUUUUAUGCUCACAGACUUCCAAAUUUGUCUCUUGCUUGGCAUUUUAUUGAAAAAUAAUUUAUAUUUUUAAAAACCUAUAUUUACUAUUAUAAUUUUAAGUGUCAUUAGCACAGAUGUAUUGAACUAUAUAAAUUUAUAUUUACAAAAAAAACCAACAAUGUAGUGAUUUUUAUAUUUAAAUUUUAUUUAAAUUAAACACUUAAGUAUUUUAAAAUGAUCAAACUUAAUCAAACUAUUUUCAUGAUAUUACUACUAUUGUUAUUUUUUCAGCGUUUCCGUCCAAAUUAUUUAUUUAAAUAUAAACAACUGUAUAUCUUUAUAUUAUGAUUGAUAAUUAUAUGAAAAAUAUUAUGGUCAAAUAGAACUGUGGUGACUUAGGUGUUUUACAUAUUGUCUCAGGGAUUACAAUAUAGGCUGUUUUUAAACCAAAUAAGGAAUUGAAUUAGAUAAAAGGAGAAUCUUAACUUUUUUGCCGCUCUGUUUUUAUUUCACCAUCUUUGUGUUAGCAUAUUGAGUUUAAAGUAUAAAUUCUGAGUAAAUGUAAAAUGUUUACAAACUUACUUACCUGUAUACCACCAACAUAUGGUAUUUUUUAAAAAUGAAUCUAAAUGUCAUUAAAGUGGGAAAUUUUUUCUUUUUAACUUCUUAAACCAAAUAAUAGAGAAGUACUAGAAUUUAUAUCUUUUUCUAUUUAAUAUACUUAUAAAAAGUAUAACUUGAAUAAGAAAGUACCAUAUAAAUCCAGAUGUUUAAUACUCUGAAUUCAGACAAAAUUAGGACAGCUGCUCAUCUGAAUGAGUAUUUCUAUAUCAAACACAAAUACAAGUUUUUAUUAAAAUUUUUAGUUUUAUGUAAACAUUUAUUUUUGUAGAGUUAUGAAGCAUUUGGUUCAUAAAUAAAUACAUCCUACUUGUCAUUGUACAUAACAUUUAAAUUAAUUGAUGUGUCAAAUUAAAAUGUUUUUAUACAGGUUAAGAAAAAGAAUAGACAAAAGCAAUGGACUAUAAGUUUAAAGUGAAGCGAUGAAUUAAUAUUUAUCUUUCCUGUUUUUUCAAUCCUUACUUCAACAACACAUUUAUAAAGUAAAAGAUAAGUGUUAUUUGAUGUAAAUUCUUUACUAUACCUAAAACAUUACUUUUUUGAAGAAGGCUUAGAACCCAAAUGUGCUGAGAGGGCAUAUGAACAUGAUCUACUUGGCCUAAUCCAAGAUUUCAGCUUUUAACCAUGGUGUGAUUAGCUGGGUUUCCAUUCCAUUUAGUUAUUUAAAACACAUUAGGACUAAGUUCACAAUGAUGUUGCCACAGAUUAUUAUUUCUAUUUAACUAACAAAACAAUAGGAACAUUAAGUUGAAAUGUUCUAAUCUGGACCAACUUUUAAAACUAUUUUUAAAAAAAAUAUAUUUCCAAUGUGUCAAAACUUUACACUUUGAUAGCAUCUUUCAUUACAUGUUGGAUAUAAUAUUAAAUUAAGUAACUAUUAUAGCAUUGUUGCAUUUAAUUACUUUUAAAAUUUGUGAAAAAUAACAAGUCAUUAUAACUGAGUUUUUUGAAAAUAAAAUUCUCAUUUUAUCUUUUAUUAUUUAAGUAGAUGUAGUUUAGAUGCAAAUUUUAUUAAAUAGCAAACUUGUACUGAUACCAUUACUUAACCCCUAUAACUAAACAUAGAACAAAUAUUAAAUUAGACUUCAUUUUUAUUUAUGUUUAUUCUGCUUGAUUUUCCCAAGUCAAAACAACAUCAAUACACAUUUGUCAAAGUGUAUUAAACAAAAAUUUUCAAGCUUUACAAAGCAUGUCUCUCAUAGGGUACUCAGAAAAAAAGAGCAACAGAAAAUUGCACACAAAAAAUGCGCAUGGAAAUUUUAUUUUUUAAAAUAAAUAAUUCAAAGUUGUUAGCAAAGUAUUGCUGUGUAAAAUGCAGCAUAAUAUAACAAAUGUCCAUUAAUAUGACCAAAUGAACCUAUAUUAGUGUAAUGAGUUUGUAUAUGCGCUUUUUUCUGUGUGUACAAUUUUCAGUUUCGCAUAUUUCAGCUGCUCUUUUUUUCUGUGAACCAUCUUAGAAGACAGUGUUCACUCAUGUGGAUUUCUUUGAUGACUUCAUGGAUUUAAAAAAAAAAAAUUAAUUUUGGUUAUUACUUAACUUUUACUUGUUUAUUUUAAACAUUUAUUUUCUUUAUUCAAGCUAUCAAGACAAUAAACUGUUUGAAAAUAUUAAAAAUUCUACUAGUUUAGACCUUAAUAAAGAGAUGCUCAAUGUUUCAUCAACACAGGGUUUCAAAACUUGUAAUUAACAAUUACUGGUACUUGUGAUAAUUAUUUUGACUUAUUACUUUUGUACAUUAUACAACUAUUUAUGCUAAAACAAAUUGUAUUAUAAAACAUUUAGGAUAAUAAAUUAUAUUUUUAAAUUUGAGUCUUUUAUUUUUCUUUAAUUAAACACAUUGAUCUAUGUCUUGUAAGUCCACAUUUUGGCAGAAAUGGGCCGGUUAACUUUCUACCCACUAAUGUCUAUCUACUUUUAAAAAUUUCUUUAAAUGUAGUUUAUUC